AUGGAUCCAGAACUACAGAUCAAGGCCCUGGUAGAUACUUUGGCACCCAGAACCGCCCACCAGUACAAGCUCUAUCACACCAAGUAUCUACAAUGGUGUCGAGACAUGAAACUAGUGCGUUCUGGCGUCGCAGAUCACCCAUAUAAAGAUGUGAUAGUGACUAGUACUCUAGUCCACUGGUUCAUUCUCUCAAAUUUCGUAUGCGUCGACGAUUCGCAAUUCAGUGUUUCAGUACUGCGGAAAAUGAUCAGCGCUUUCAAGUUUCUUCACCGUAUUUGUAAAGCGUAUGAGCCAGAUUAUCCAUAUGAGCUGGACUAUGAUUACUUGGAAUCAGUCGCACGGUUGCACGUUAGUGCUUCUGCCGAGGUAGCACCCAUUUCACCACUGAAUAUGAUCUCGGUACACAUGUGGAGCCCACACGGAAAGCAGUUUUCAGAAAAGUACUUCAAGGGCGGCAUUGAGAAAUUGCGCUUUCUCGUCGACUUCCAUGUUCAGCAAUACUGGCACUUGGCGUUCGCCGACAGAUCUCAAAUCAAACUUGGAGACUUGCGUCUCUCAGAAGAUCACAAUAUGCUCUUGGUUGACAGAAGCUCAAAGGAUCGCCCAUCCAUGGUGCAAAAGUCGGCUCUCCUCAGACAAACGAUUCCUUGGAAUUGCCCACUUGUUACGUUGGCAGCUUAUCUCCAUCUUCGAUUUUAUGGGACUGCCAAGUUAUAUAAGGGCGACGGUUUUCCUAAUUUGCUUGAAUCUGAUGAAUGGUGUUUCCUCCCGUUAGUACGGGGAAAGUCGCUAGACAAGUAUCCACGCGAAGAAACAAUGACAAAUUAUUAUGCUGACGUCUUCCGACAUUGUCACCUUCCUUAUAAAAGGAGAGAGUAUUUCUACAAUAAGAGCGUCGAAUAUUGUCAGUACCCGACGGUACGACGUGUCGAGCUAGAAGAACUGCAGGACUUGGGAAAGGGUGAAGACUUGUUUUUUCCUCAAAGCAUACCAGUCGAUUUCCUGAGGCAUAUGAACAAACAGCCGGUUUAUGAACCUGUUAGGGCCCCGGACAUGCAGGACUUCUCGGACAUUCCAGAAUCUCUUUUAGUUCAGAUAUUCCCAGAAGUUGAAGAGUAUAAGCGAAAUGCCAGUAACUUAAACAACGAAAGUCGGCACUUCUUAGCAGUUAUGGAGCUGCUGCGAUAUUCUCUAGUAGCAGCUUUACCCCUCAUUAAGCAUUUUUUCCCAGAGCACGACCUCUUUAGAGACUCCAUGUUUCAAAGUGCUGAAUUCCAAGGUUUCUGUCAACAAAAGAUAGAAGAACUGCGCGCCAAAGAUCAGCUAGAAAUUUACCAACCGGAAUCACUGGGGUUCAACAACAAUGAGUUCGAACCAUUUUCUCAGUCUCAGCCUGCAACAGUCAAUUCUCAAAAGUCUCAUAUUGAACUUCCACCUGCUAAUACUGAUACAGAGAGUUUACACACGUAUCUCCGCGAUCAAACAUUCCGCAUGGUCCAGUACCAAACCGCUACAAAUUUUCAUCUGCUACUUCAGUCUUUGAGUCGAGUUUUCGAGAAAUUGGAGACUAAAAAGAGUAAUCGAGAGUUUAUUCUUCACCAGCUUGGGUCCUUAGAGCAAACUUUGCAAGACCGUAUUUCUAAAACUUCGCCUGAUGACAUAAAGAAGGAAGAUGAUUCAAAAGGUUUAUCAAGCUCCGACACGAUGGACCCGACGAAACCAGAAACUGUUCCAAAAAACGCCUCUAGAAACCCCGCAGCACUUGAUAGUGAUGCCGAAGAUGAUGACGAUUAUAAAGAGGACGAUGAACAAGACGAGGACGCAGACGAUGUUGAUCCUAAUUUGCAAAACGAACUUCAAACACUUGUCUCCCAAGUCAUGGACGUAAAAUUUCAAAAUGCUCUUGAAAGCCACACGAAGCAACUCGAAACCCAUGUUCAUGGGCUCAUUGCUGCUCAGGUUAAAGAAGAAGUUCGCAAACAACUGACGCAUUUAAUAAAGCAAGACUCGCAAUCGCCAACGCCUCAGCCGCUAGAACAGUUAGCGCCACCGAAGCGACUAAGGGAAGACUCGGAGCCGCCCUUACAGUCUUCUGAGAUGCAAUUCGGCAUGACUCCACAGCUUGAAAGCAUAGAAGAUGUUGUUCUGGAAUGGUUCACCCCCAAUCCCGACCAGGGCAACGAAUGUGUUCAUACUAUGAAUCGUAAAUACGGCAAAGGCUGGAGAACUGAAUCAAGUGAUACGAUGUCGCUAUACAAACAACGUAAAGUGAUCGUUGAGUUCUAUAUAUGUUUGGUCAAUCAGCGCAGAAUGGACAGAUACAAAGCUGUUGCCGUCUGUGAAAAUUUGAGAGGCAGCGAGCCGCUGGCACUUUUCAGUGAGAAACUCAAGGAAUGGAAAAGGGAUCACAACAAUACCUUUGAUGGCCUGGGCUAG